GUGAGAAUGGGCAAAGUCGGUUUGAUUUUCGUGGUGCUGUCGAUCGGUUUGGCAGCAGGAUUUGUACCGUCGUUAUUGGAACUCCAUCGGGUCCGAAGGAGUCCAUCGAUUCGUUGCUGCAACGAUGGAUUCGAGGACACCGUCAAUCACGAGAAGAUUGUAGCGGUGAGGCGAGAAUGUGCCGAGGAGUUGGGGCUGAACGAGAUGUCCGAGGAAGAGCUGGUCAGCAACCGGGACAAUUUGGUGUGCCUGCUGGAGUGCAUCGUCAAGAAGCACGACUUGGCCGACGAGAAGGGAGAUCUGUUGCACGAUGAUCUGGCCGAGGCCCUAAAGGAACACUUCCAGGCUGCGGAAUGGAAAGCUCCUCUGAUCGACGGUUUCAUCAAGGAAUGCUUUGACCACGCGGAACAUGAACACGAAGAGGAAGGAACCGAAGAGGGAAAAUGCAACCCGGAAGGAUUUCACUUUGCGUACUGUCUGUGGCGACAGUUUACCCUGGCCUGUCCGGAAGAGAUGCAAGAUGGAUCGGAGAAGUGCGACACCAUUCGGGGCAAGCUGAAGAGCAACGAGAACGUGAGCUUCUGGCAUAACGAUUUCGAAGAGUCGAAGUAAAGCUCGGAAUGGGGAGCAGCUUUUUAGCUGUUCGUUUUUUUAAGUUUUGCUAGAAAGCUUCGAAACUGUUGACGUAAACUUUUGCUAUGAGAUCUUGGAUUACUCCUACCGGAUUAGUGAUAAGUUGAUUCUUGAUGUGAAUCUUUAGCGAUUAAGCUGCAAAUGUUUGGAUGACUGUUUGGUAUUUAUAUUCCUCUAGAUAAUAAAACCAUCUGCAAACAAUAAAUAAAACCAUUCAUUUUGAAAA